AUGGUGGCCACUGGUAAUGCAGGAAUUGCCUCUCGAAGACUUAACCCAGAGUUCCUCUGCUUGAAAAAUGCCUGCAAAAUUCCAUCACACCUUUACGGGGACCACUUUGGGUCUCUAAGGGAGAAGGUUCCAGUCCCUCGGGUGCUAAGAUGUACAUCCAAGGAAUUCUUGGGGCCUUGUAUCAACUUGUAUCAACUGUUAAAGUCUGCAAAAAAUUAUUCCAAGCAGUUGAGCUGGAUCAUGAAUGAACAGAAAGAGAAAAUCACAGAAAAGGCCAUUCUUUCAAUGACACCAGAGGAACACCAGAAGUCACAAGAAGAUGUGAGCAUGCUGAUUGAUGAGUUGCAGACAGCUAUCAAAAGCAACAGAGGCCAUCUCGCUAAGCUUGGCCCCCAAUUACAGGCUGAGCAGGAGCAGUUCUCCUCCUGUGUCUGCCAACACCUUAAGAGCCUUCCUGCAAACAUCGUGGUCCCAGGAGGCCUGCAGCUCAAGGUAUUUGAAAAUGGUAAAGACACUGGAGAGAUCUCUGCUUACAUCAGUAGAAAAGAUUUAAAGUCUGACAGCCCAACUUAAGGUGAUGAGAUGAUGCAAAGGGUGAGUAAUUGUUUUUUACGUCUCCAUCAACGGCUUCAAGGUUCCUCCAUCAAUUCCCGAGGCCUCCCCUUGUCUUCAGCCCGGAUUUUCGAUGAGCGUGGUCAACAGAUUAAGAGUCCACUGCUGCUGAAGAACGGGCAAAAAAUUUGGCUUUCGUAUGGGAAAGCAUACAGACCUCCAUUAAACCCUGUUUUGGCUCUGACCUUUGACCGAGUGGCUACUUUUGCCAGAGGUGGUAUCACUGCUGUGUAUAAGACCCUUAUGGAUGCUGAUGCUGCUCCGCAAUUCGUAAGUGAUGAUUGGGAAGUCUGUGAGGGAUUUCCGGUGAACAUUGACUGCACCAGUCAACAGGUCCCUGAUUGCUCUGAAAAGGUGGUCAUGGAGAAUCAUUUCCUACCAUGUACUGGGAUGAUCCUGAGCAGAGCGAUAACUCAGGGAUGCCUGGCUGUUGGUCAUCCAGUCAGACUCAAGACCACCCAGGGAACAUCAAUAGAAGGAUAGAAAUUACUGCUACGGGAAAGACGCGAAGGAGAUGAGUCCCAGAAGAGGACGUUCGGAACAGAUGGCUGUAUUCAUUCUGAGGCUUAUCCUUAGUUUGUCCUGACUUACCUGGAGGAUCUCACUGCUCCAGUGGAUGUGAGCCAAACAGACAACCAUAUUCACCACAGAGACUGGACCACAGCUCAUCAACAACAUGGCAUUCCCAGUGAGGAAGAGGGUUCUCAAAAACCUGCCAACAGUCCUUUACUGGAGCAGCUGUCGGAACCCUCGGAUACUGACGAUGAGCCGCGAGGCUCUCUUGAGGAAACAGGGCAGCUGGCAGUGGUGCCGCUGAAGAAACUGGAAAGCAAACGUCCCAAGGCUCCUGCUCAGAGGUGGACCAUAAAGCAUAAGGGGACCAGGAAGCCCAGCCAAUGGAAACACUUCAAAGCUGAGAAUCCUCUGUGGAACAAGCUCAGGUACAUGUGACCAGUCCUUCCCAGUGACUAGCUUGAUGAGGCAUUUGAUUGGCCAAUAGGAGGUCUACUGGUGCCAAUCAUCCCUGCCAUGAAGAGGCCGGUUUGUAAGACACCAGAGCAGUGUGUCCCUGUGAGACUCCAAAUCCUGAAGAACGGCGGCGACAAGGGAAAGAGCAGAGCCCUUGUUAUGGGCCCAGAUGUCUUACCGGGACGGAGACCGCGGUGCACUGAAAUUUUAGAUUUACCUUUUGCUGCCCGGAGACUUUUCGAUGAAAAAGGGAAGGAAAUUUUUUCCCUGAAUGACCUGCAGAGAGAUGAACUGGUAUAUGUUUCAUGUGGAGAAGCCUGGAUUAAUCCUGACCUCUCCAUCACUCAACAAAGGAAGCAAGUCCUCCUCAGGAGCCUUGAGUUCGACGUUUCCAAGAUUAAAACCUUUUGCAGCUUGUGCAAGGAGGAAGCUCUCGUUUUAGAAGUCCAAAGUGACCUUGUGUCUGGGGGCAAGCUCGUUGUGCAUAAACCUGUAGUCAUUGUUGAAGAAGAGAAGCAAGAGAAAGGACCAGAGGGAACGCAGAUGCAAAAUGAUGCUUUAAUACCAGGAGAUGCUCCCAGAGACGCUCUAGAUUCACAUGCGAGAGCCCAUCUGCGCAUGGAAGCCUGUCGCAGGAUGCCCAAGUAUGCCUGGCAGGACCCUUCAUUCAACCUUGCUGAUGGCUACAGCCUUCCAAAGAAAACGGACAAAGAGCUCCUGGAAAAUGUGCAGCCCCAAAAGAAACACAGCCAUUUCCAAAAGCACAGUAAAUUGCAGAAGCUGCAACAUCAGGAAUUUGAAUACAGAAAUAGGCGAAUCAUUAGCUUUGCCGCUCCUCAGCUGGUCCUGGGUAUACAGGGCUGCAAACCCCGGUCGGGCACAAAGGUCGUUUUGGUGGAGAAGAAAUCUGAUGAUGGGAACCAACGCUGGGCACAUAAGGAAGAAAGCAGGACCUUUCACCUCGUGAGUAACCCUGACCUUGUACUGGCAGUGUCUAUGACCAAGGCUCAAAAUGAAGCCCAGGGCUAUCCAGUUAUCAUUCAGAAAUACAAGCCAUACAGCAAUGGGGCUGCCAAUCAAAAGUGGCAUUACGUGGCAAAUACAAGAACAUUUAUAGCCUUUCACAGCACUGCCCUGGAUCGGAAAAUCACAGCAGCCAAUUCCUCCGGCCUUUGUACGUCAUCUGUCACUAAAGAAAACAUUGAUCAACCCGGAUACUGUUACCUCUCACCCGAUGGAAAGAAAAAGAUGAUGCUCUGCCUGGCUUGUGGACAGUCCAUGCGGGCAGAGAAGGGGUUGAAACAGCUGCUUCCGGGCACUCCAUUCUUCUGUGUUUCCGGCUCCAAGCAGAAAUCCUUGCCACGAAAGCCAUUCAAGGUCAUCAGCGUUGCCAAGGCUGAUUUGUCUUCUUAUGAAGCUGAAAACACUCUAAGAUAUUACGAAGAGCGUCUGUCAUCUUUAUGGAUGAAGGCACGCACAUGCACUACAUUCCAUAGUGGUGUGGUACCUUCCUACAAAAAGGCAGUAAAAAUAAUUGCAUACAAAAAUGGGGAUGGAUAUCAGAAUGGAAAGUUAAUUAUGGCUGGAACAUUCCAUGGGCUUCUUGCAGAGUGCACGGAACGACUUGGACUCACUAGAGCAGCCUCCAAAAUCUACACCAGAGAUGGAACCAACAUACUGACUUUGCGCGGCUUGGUUCUGUGGGCCAUAGGUGAGACCCUCACCCAGAGAUACCCUGAGACACAAGAGAGAAGCACGGAGUCUCUUGGGACAGAACAGACAGCUGUUCAAAAUACCGAAGAAAACUCAAAAAUGAAAAUGGGAAACAGAUUGGAUUGUUUGGAGGGCAUAGAUAAAUCUUUGCUUGCCCAGAUCCUCAAAAGUCCCAUUGCAAUUUGGGUGUCUUGUGGUGAGCCAUUUCUGCCUCUAAAUGCUCCACAGAACUCAGAAAAAUUAAAGAAACAAAACUGGCUAAAGAAGGACCAAAUUUUGGCUGAUUUAGACACCAUGAGGCACAAGAUGCGGCAGUUGAAAGGGCGGCGAGUGGCAGCCCGUCAGCCAGCCACCAUGGUGCCCACCCAAAGCCCUCUGCAGCCGGUAGUGAUGGAGGGAGGCUGGACAGAGCAGACUCAAGAGGAGAUGAAGCUCAUGGAACGUAUCCGAGAGACCGAGGCGCAACUUUCUGAAGGCAAAGAACUACAGCCCAGGUGCUCCCUGACUGCAAGUCAAUGUAAAGUAACCCAGCAGCACAGCCUGUACCUGGUUCCAAGUGUGAAACGAGUGUGGGCCUACCAGAACGGAGGCAGACCUGACGAUGGUGCUUAUGUCUGGGCCAGCACUAUUUCAGAGUUUCUGGAUGAGUGCACUGCUCGUCUGAAAAUGUCCCACCCUGCCAAAACCCUGUACACCUCAAACGGGGAGCUCAUUCAGUCAUGGGACAGCAUAGAGAAGGAUAUGAUUGUCUGCGUGUCUGCAGGACGUGGCUUUAUGACCUCAAAAGAAAAGCAGCAGCUGGUGGAAAUCAAAGCGAAUUAUGCCAGAAUCCGGAGGCAGCAGGGCCGCGAAGCCACAGACAUUGUGGUAUCACCAUCCAUGAAGCUGCUAUCUCUCCUGCAGCCACACAACUAACUUCAAGCAGAGCUUCAUAUCUUGUGCUAUAUUUUAUGGAUAUAGCUAUGUGUAGAUUCUCAAGGGCUAGUUAUACCAUGACCAUUUUUGUCCCUUUUAACCUAUACACUUUUAUUCCCACCAUCCGCUGAGAUUUGAACCUAG